UAAUGAAUCAAAGUGGUUCAGUUUUAUCUUAGAGACAAUCUGUCAACCAACCAAUCAGGAAAAGAUUCGUAGUGAUUUAUGGUUCUUCAMGUUCAGGGUAUUACAGAGAAACCAUUAGUUUUGCCAWCAGUUUGGUUUUUUCAGCUAGCGUUAACCAACACUGACUUACCUCUCAGUCUGCUCAUUCUGUAGCCAAUCACCUUACUAUGUUGAUCUACGCUGUAUUUCUUGUCUUGGCCAUUGUGACCAGUGCCGAGGUGUCUGAGGUUGUUGAUGAUGAAGGUAAGCAUUCCUGUGCGGAGAGCGAUUGGGUGAAAAUUAGCCGCCACGCUGUCUGUUUCGAAGCAUUAGGAGACCACUACGGUUCGUUUCACAACUAUGUCCGAGGAGGAAUAGUCGCCGCCAUAAAACUGGAGUACGUGUCGGGAAUGGUGAACUGUGUCGCGGCAGCCGGGGGCAAAAGUCAUUGGGGUUGCAAUAAUGAUUAUUUUAAAACCCAUCCGCUCGCUGUUGUGCUGACGGACAAUAGAAACAAUAUGUUGUUUCCUAAGAAAGAAUUUAUCACGUACCCCUAUGGUGUUUGGUAUUGGUUGCCGUUCGUUCACCCCUUAGACAAAGAGUUGAUCUUUACAGAUUACGCUACGCCAAUCUACUUCCCCUUGUAUAAAGAAAUGAGGAUCUGGUACGGAGAAGAUCUGAAGGAUGCCUGGACCGGAGCCGAAGGAGACAACACGGGUCGUGUUUGCGUCAAUGUGUACGCUAGAUUCAAGUUAUAGACUGUUUGUCAAUGUCGAUUUGCGAAGUCAAUAAAAACAGUUAGUAAACUGACCAAAA